CCUCGUUCUGCCGCACCUACCAGGCACGAGCUGGAACAAGUUCAAAGUUAUCGGACCGUCCGAGUGGGGGGUCAGUACGCAUGUAAGGUUUGCUCUAUCUUAAGACGCGCAUUGCACAAGCCAGCAUGGGAGACAACGUACAUUUGCCGGACGUGUUCCAACGCACACGGUGGCGACGUCAUCUACCUCUGCCAGCGCGCCCGACAGCACGAUCCUUCCGGCCCCGUGAAUACGGCAACGUGCAGCCAGAUUUGGCAUGAUAUGUGGCGAAAUGGCACGGUUACGCCUGAAGGCGUUCGCUAUCGUCGUCGAGCACCACAGGAUGAACGAGGUAGUUCUGCAGCUUCGAGUAGCGAGGAUAAUGGAGAAUAG